AUGGAGAGGCACAACGGAGCUUCCUCGACCGCAAUCAUUGAGCCCAUCGAACUAGGACCUGUCAAACAGAAGCAUGAUGCUCUGAACCUUACAAGCAAACGGGCAGCCUCCAUUGGCGGACGGAGCCUGAACACUCAACAAGCAAUCGAUGACCAAGACCGUAAUGAGACGCUGCCAUCGCCCACAACCGCGAACGAGCACGUGGAGAAAUGGAACUACCCGCGAAUCAAUGUCUACAGGAUCCUUGCCACCUUCUGGAGCUUCAUCAUCAUGGGCGCGAACGACGCUACAUACGGUGCCAUCAUCCCGUAUCUGGAAGAAUACUACCAUCUCUCCUACGUCGUGGUGGCCCUAAUCUUCCUCUCGCCGUUCGUGGGUUACAAUGCUGCUGCGCUACUCAACAAUACAAUCCACUUGAAGCUUGGCCAGCGCGGUGUUGCCUUCCUGGGUCCUGUGUGCCAUGUGAUUGCUUAUGUGGUCAUCGCAGUGCAUCCACCAUACCCUGUCCUGGUCAUCGUCUUCAUCUUGGCAGGCUUGGGAAAUGGGUUGGAGGACUCGGCGUGGAACGCAUGGAUCGGCGACAUGGCGAACGCGAAUGAGGUGCUCGGCUUCCUGCAUGCAUCUUACGGACUUGGCGCUACCGUCGCGCCUCUCGUCGCUACUACCAUGAUCACCAAAUCGGGGCUGCCGUGGUAUUACUGGUACUAUAUUGGAGCCGCUAUUAUCGAGCUGGCUGUAUCCCUCCACUCCUUCUGGAGUGCAACUGGUAAAGCGUUCCGCGACUCGCAUCCUCGUACCAGUGGCGAAGGCUCUCGCUUGAAAGAGGCUACACUAAAGAUGCCAGCUGCCCGCGUCGUUUGGCUCAGCGCUCUCUUCUUACUCGGCUACGUCGGCAUCGAGGUAUGCCUCGGGGGUUGGGUUGUCACCUUCAUGAUCAGAGUACGGCACGGUGCUGCAUUCGCCAGUGGUAUGACAGCCACGGGCUUCUGGUUGGGUAUCACGGUUGGCAGACUUGUGCUCGGCUUCGUCACGCCUAGGAUUGGGGAGAAGCUUGCUAUCACUAUCUACCUUCCCAUCGCACUAGCUCUCCAACUCCUCUUCUGGCUCGUGCCGCAAUUCUACGUCUCCGCCGUCGCAGUAGCGCUCCAAGGCUUCUUUCUGGGCCCCAUGUUCCCAGCGGCCAUGGUGGCGUGCACAAAGCUGCUUCCAAAGCAUCUCCAUGUCUCCGGCAUAGGGUUUGCGGCGGCCGCUGGUGGAAGUGGAGGCGCGCUCUUCCCUUUCGCGGUAGGUGCGAUCGCGCAGAAAGCUGGUGUGCAAGUGCUUCAGCCCGUGGUUGUGGCGUUAUUGGCGGUCAUCUGGCUGUUGUGGCUGGGGCUGCCGAAGAUGAGUAGGAAGAGGGAUUGA